AUGGUUUCGAUCACUUCGUCGCAUCACUUGAAGAAUGUGACUUUCAAUCACCCACCAGUCCAGACUGAACCUCACGUCCAUGUCGAUCCACAUUCAAACCUCUUUCUAUGGUACAUCCUCAUCAUCGUCGGAUUGGUAUUGCUGGGAGGGGUAUUUUCAGGAUUGACAUUAGGUCUAAUGGGACUUGAUACAGUAAAUCUCCAGGUAUUAGCCAUCUCCGGUACACCCGAAGAGCGCAAACAGGCUCCCAGAGUAUUGAACCUGAUAGGUAAAGGGAAACAUACCAUGUUGGUCGUGCUCUUAUUGGGGAAUACUUUGAUCAAUACUUCUUUACCCAUUUUCUUGGAUUCAAUCGUUGGAGGAGGGUUAAUAGCUGUUUUGGGAUCCACAUUGCUGAUUCUCAUAUUCGGAGAAAUCUUACCACAGUCGAUAUGCGAUAGAUAUGGUCUAGCGAUAGGAUCAACUUUUACCCCACUCAUCAAAGUUUUGAUCGUCCUCAUGUACCCAAUAGCCAAACCUAUAGGACUGAUCCUCGACUAUAUUCUCGGCAAACAUUCCGAUCCAGUCACCUACCGAAAAGCCGAGCUGAAAACUUUCGUCAGUCUAGGUGUGGAAGAUAAGUUGAACGAAGAUGAAUUGGGAUUGUUGGGGAGUGUAUUGGAAUUUUCAAAUAAAAAAGUUGGAGGUGUCAUGACAGCUAGGGAAGAUAUGUACACUCUGUCGUCGGACAGGAUCGUUGAUGAAGAACUUGUAUCGGAAAUCCUGAAGAAGGGAUAUAGUCGUAUACCUGUGUACGAUACUCGAACAUCGACGUAUACUCUACGAAGCUUGGUAUCAUAUGAUCCUACAGAUCUCCAUCCUGCAUCAAGUUUGGUCUCGCAAGUCUUGCCUCAGUGUUCUCCGGAUUUACCAUUACUUGAAGCAAUGGCAUAUUUCCAAACAGGUCGUAGCCAUGUGUUGCUCAUCACCGAGACACCAGGUGAGGAAGGUAAAACACUGGGGUUGGUCACGUUGGAAGACGUAGUGGAGGAAUUGAUAGGGAAAGAGAUUAUCGAUGAAACGGAUGUUUACGUGGAUACGCACAGUCGUAUACCAGUGAUAAGAUCAGCGUAUAAACCGAGAAAGACGAAAGGGUUGAAAAAGAUAUACGAAGGGCAAUUGACACGUAACAGAGUUUCGAGAUCCUUUGCAAACAGCCGGUCGGGAUCUACAGGGUAUAUGUAUGGUAGUGUCGAUGAAGGGUCUAGAUCAGUGGAUCAGAUCGAUCAAAGUGGGGAAGUGUAG